AUGGAAUCACCCAAUGCUUCGGGACCUGAGCCUGAACCUGACCUCAUGGAUGGCCUGCCUGAUGCAGACUUACUCCUUGCAAUAGAGGACCACCAAGCGCAAUCUUCCUCCGUGGUACCAGUGGCAGAACCCCAAAAGAAAAAACGCGCCUUCAAACGAAAACCAGCCCAACUUCCGGAUGAUUACAAAAAACUGAAAGAAAUUCCUAAAGUAGACAAAGAGAAACAUUCCAAGCGAUGGCUGAAGGCGCAGGAGAUGCGGCGAGGGAUUGUUCGUCCUCAACGGAAAAACCAGGCCAUGAAAUUACUAAAAUAUACUUCUCAUACAUAUUACAACAAUUUAUGGGCCGAGGCGCAGAUGGAUAUGCGUAACUUGUUGCGAGAAGAACGAAGGCGUGGCGCAUUAACUGGACCCGACCGGAAGAAAAUGUUUGCAAUUUUGUCUGACAUUUUUCAAAGGUAUCUCCUCCUGUAUAAGAAACUCGAUGAGACGUACGACCAGAUGGUCCACCCCCAAAAGAGAAUUCUCGUCCGUAGAUUGUUGGACAUGAUAAUUGCUCGUGUUUUAGAAAUCAGAACUGCCCUUGUCGCAGCAGAGCAGUCGGAAUACUUUUACUUUGACGAAUUGUGCUACAUCCAACGGAUUCCUCCAGAAGAUUUGGACAUACCAAUUCCAAAGUAUUAUUUUUUCGACCCCUCCGAGCAAACAUUGCAGAGAGACCAGUGGUUCGAAAAUAUUAAGAAGAGGAAAGCUCAAGAGGAAGCUGACCGUCUGGAUGCCGAACGCAAAGCGCAGGCCAAGCAGUUGGCCGAAGACAAAUGGCUGAUGGGGGAUGAAGAGGGACACGAACAUUACCAACACGCCAGGACGAUGGACGUAUCCAGUUUCCUGAUUUUGAUUCAAACAAUGGAACGAGCACGUCAAGGAAGGAACAGAUACCGAAUCACAAAGUACAUGGUGGAAGAAGAAGCGCGUGCAUUGACGAAGAAAAAAAGGGCAAAAAAGCGGACUAUGGACAUUAACAAAGCCGUCGUCAUCAUUCAGAAACUUGUCCGCGGAUUUCUUGCUCGGACACGUGUUAAACGAAUGCGGGACGAAGAGUUGGAACUUUUAGGCCUCCGAUUUUCCACCCCGGGGGACCAGUCUUCCGCUGAUAGAGCUCACAUUAAAUGUACAAAAAUUGCAGAGGACUUGGAAAAAGCGAAAGAACGGAGGAGACAAGCGAGACGUAGAAAUCAAACGAUUUACGAAGAAGCAAGAGUCGCAAUUCAACAACGUUUGCAAUUAUUGGAAGCUCCUGAAAUGGCAGAACGUUUCAAAUAUCAGUUGAGAACUUGGAUGCUUGACGUCAAAGAAAAAACGGGCAAGUUACCUGCAAUGAUUCCUAAAGCGGAAGCUGGCGGUUCACGAUUUUUCAUCUGCCCCAACCAGCUCUCGGAUGAGAUGCUCGAGAAAGGUCGCGAGGCGACAGAUAAGGAAUACGCCAAGAAAAAGAAGGCAGAGCGUAAAAAAGAGAAAAAGAAGGCAAAGGCAAAGAAAGCCAAGGAAAAGAAGAACGCAAUGAAGGGAAUUAUUGAUCUAACCGUUAAACUUGACCCUCCAGCUGCAAUGGACGACAUGAUAUCUUCCAACAUUGAGUACAACAAGAUAUGGCGUGGUCGCGACGAGAAAGAUAAUCCUGAACAGAAACAUGAAGAAAAGUUCAUCAUUCACGAAAAGCGACAAUUGAUUGGAGACGAAGUUCGGAAAGCGGUCGAUACCGCAUUAAUUGCAGAGCUUAAGGUUCUCAAAGAAGCUUUGGAGAAUAAGAAAAAGAAGGGGAAAAAGGGGAAACGAGCCAAGGCUGCCGAUACCGGAGAGGAGGACCCCAACGCAGCGUCUGCAUUAUCCUUGAUGAGAAAUAAAAGAAAACCCAGGAAAGUCAAACGCCGACCAAAGAGACCCGAGGGCGAGCAAAAGAAGAAAAAGAAGGGAAAAGACAUGACCAAGGACACCCCGAUGGAAUUCUUAUUCCAAGAACUUGUGGAUAACGGGAUUGUAAAACGAUACCCGGAAGUCCGUUUGGACACCUUGAUCGGAUCUUGCAGUCUUAUCAAUGGCGAGAUUCGUUCUUAUCACGAACAAAAUCCGAUGGUCGCGAGAGAAAAAAAGAUUAAUGAAGAGCGACCCAUGCCCGGCGAUGCCAAUCCGUUGCCCACUUUUGGAGAUGUAAAACGUGCAAUUAAAGACAUUUGUAUUUUGCCAAUGGGUUCCAAAGACGUUCACACGAUGAGCCCUCACAUCAAGUCCAUUUUGAUUUGCGGUCCGGAAGGAUCUGGCAAACAUACUUUUGUCAAUGCAAUUUGCACGGAAUUGCAUGCAACCAUGUUUGACCUUACUGCAACCAAUAUUGUCGGCAAAUAUCCAGGCAAGAAAGGGUUAAAGAUGUUGAUGCACCUCGUGGACAAGGUCGGGAAAGCAGUUUCUCCACUAGUUAUCAAAAUUGACAACUGCGAAAAAACGUACGCCAGGAAAGUUCCCAAAACCGAUAAGACCGAGCCGAAACGGUUGAAAAAACAGGUUGGGAAAAUGUUGGACCAUUUCAAUUCAGGCGACCAAAUACUUCUUAUCGGAAUAAGUUCUGAACCGUGGAUGUGUUCCGCAAAAUUCCUGAAAAAAGACUACCAGAAAGUGAUUUACAUUCCAAGACCAGAUUACGGUUCUCGUAUGGAGAUCUGGCGUCACUUGCUUAUCUCAUUUGCCGACUACAUGCACAAAGACGUUCACUUUUCUCUCCUCAACAAAUUAUCCGAUGGUUGGACGAUUGGCAAGAUCAAAAAGGUUGUCGACGUUGUCAUCAGUGCGCACAAAAAGGUUUUGGCAAAGGCAGAAAAGGACAAAAUGUAUCGGGAUGAGGAGCCAUGGAUGCUUAUGGAAAGUGGGGGCAAAAGGGUUAGCACGAUGGGGAAAAAGUUGAUUAGGUUGGAUCAAUUCAUAGAGGAGCUGAGUACCCAUGAUCCCGUCUUUGUGGAACAGGAUAAAGCCUGGAAUAAAUUUUUUAAUCAGACUCCCUUACAAAAAGCAAGAUUAUCUAAUCAAAUUGGCGGAUUGGAAACUGGAAAGAAGAAGAAGAAAGGCAAAAAGUAAUGAAAUUCGUACCCAGGCAGGCGAGAUUUUAGGAAUGACAUGAUUCAGAUUCAAUUAUGGUAGAUUAUGUAAUCCAAAUCUACGCAUCUACUGAUAUAAUUGUAAAAAGCUAUAUUUAUUCGAUUCGGUAAUAGAGCAAGGUGAUGUAAC